AUGCGUCCCAAAUCAAACUACUCAACCCCAAAAUGGUGGAAAGAGGCAGUGGUGUAUCAAGUGUACCCUGCAAGCUUCAACUGUGGUAAACCUACAAGCAAAACCAAUGGAUGGGGUGACGUGACCGGUAUUAUUGAUAAGGUGCCUUAUUUGAAGGGCUUGGGUGUUGAUAUUGUAUGGCUUAGUCCGAUCUAUACGUCCCCACAUGUCGACAUGGGCUACGAUAUCGCAGACUACAAAUCCAUCGAUCCGCGGUAUGGUACCUUAUCAGACGUUGACUUAUUGAUAAAAGCGUUGAGGGAUCAUGAUAUGAAACUCAUGAUGGAUCUUGUGGUCAAUCAUACAUCCGAUCAGCACUCCUGGUUUGUCGAGUCUGCGAGCUCCAAAGAUUCCCCUAAGCGUGAUUGGUAUAUUUGGAGGCCGGCCAAGGGAUCCGACGAUGACGGGAACCCAAUCCCUCCGAACAACUGGGCGCAAAUUCUAGGCGAUGCACUCAGUGCUUGGACUUGGCAUGAGGAAACUCAGGAGUUCUACCUGACUUUGCAUACAUCGGCGCAAGUCGAGCUCAAUUGGGAGAAUCCAGAAGUUGUUGCAGCGGUGUAUGAUGUUAUGGAGUUUUGGCUGCGUCGUGGGGUUUGUGGGUUCCGCAUGGAUGUCAUCAACCUCAUCUCAAAGGACCAGUCUUUCCCAGACGCCCCAAUUAUCGAUCCUUCCUCCAAAUACCAGCCUGGCGAGCAGUUCUACACAAACGGGCCACGCUUCCACGAAUUUAUGCACGGCAUCUACGACAAUGUAUUAUCCAAGUACGACACCAUCACUGUGGGAGAAACGCCUUACGUCACCGACAUCGAGGAAAUCAUCAAGACGGUUGGCUCCACAGCAAGAGAGCUUAAUAUGGCGUUCAACUUUGAUCACAUGGAAAUUGAAGAUAUAAAAACCAAGGGAGAAUCCAAGUGGAGCUUGCGCGACUGGAAGUUGACCGAGUUGAAAGGCAUUUUGUCCGGAUGGCAGAAACGAAUGAAAGAGUGGGACGGCUGGAACGCCCUCUUCCUGGAAUGUCACGAUCAGGCGCGGUCAGUGUCCCGCUACACCAAUGAUUCAGAUGAGUUCAGAGAGCGUGGAGCCAAGCUCUUAGCGCUUCUGGAGACAACGCUAGGUGGGACCAUUUUCCUUUAUCAGGGCCAGGAGAUCGGUAUGCGCAAUUUUCCCCUCGAGUGGGAUCCAGACACCGAGUACAAGGACGUUGAGUCGGUCAACUUCUGGAACAAAUCCAAAGAGCUCCACCCUGCUGGGACCGAAGGCCUGGCUAAGGCUAGGACGCUCUUGCAGAAAAAGGCGAGAGACCACGCCCGCACCCCGAUGCAAUGGAGUGCUGCCCCGCAUGCAGGCUUCACAGUCCCUGAUGCGACGCCUUGGAUGAGGGUAAAUGACGAUUAUAGGACUGUCAAUGUGGAAACGCAGAUGUCUUUUCCUUCGCCGAGCAAAGGUGACCUAUCCGUUUGGCAAUACUGGCAGCAGGCGAUACAGCAUCGAAAGCUAUACAAGGAUACGUUCGUUUACGGCGGCUUUGAAGAUCUGGACUAUCAUAACGAAAAGGUCUUCGCGUACUUGAGAACUAGUGCAGAUGGAAAAGAGAGCUGGCUUGUUGCCUUGAACUGGACAACGUCUGCAGUCGAAUGGACGGUUCCUUCCGACAUCCACGUCACACGCUGGGUCUCAUCAACGCUCCAGACUGCCCCGCCCGUGGCAAGCAAGAAUUCCAUCACGCUCCGCGCCUUUGAAGGGGUUCUUGGGUGUUGUAAUUAGCAUGUUGCAUG